AUGGCUGGACAUUACAAAGGAAUCGACAGGUCAGGCGUGCAGGCCUUUCCCAACAAACCUCAGUUUUCGGGUUUCAUGAAACCAUGCCGCUUCGAAGGAGAAGUGCAGAAUCUGGAGGUCAAGGGAACGAUACCAACAUCAAUCAACGGAGUAUUUUACCGGGUCAUGCCAGAUCCCCAAUUUCCUCCGUUCAUUGAAAAUGAUCCGUGGUUCAAUGGCGACGGCAACGUGAGCGCCUUUGGGAUCCAAAAUGGCAGAGUGCACUUCAAACAACGAUAUGUGCGCACCGAGAAAUUUGUGCGCGAACGAGAAGCUCAACGAGCCUUGUUAGGGAAAUACCGAAACAAGUACACCGACGCCGUCGAAUUCAAAAUUCGUACCACCGCAAACACCAAUGUCGUAUAUUUUAACGGCAAGCUGCUGGCGUGUAAAGAGGACGCGCCUCCGUAUGCCAUGGACCCUGAGACCCUGGAUACAAUUUCCCUAUGGGACUUUGAUGGCCAACUACCCAGCUUGACAUUCACAGCUCAUCCGAAAAUCGACCCGGUCACAGGCGAAAUGGUUUGCUUUGGCUACGAAGCCAAGGGCGACGGCACUCCGGAUAUCUGCUACUACUCGGUCAACCCCGAUGGUAAAUUCAAGGAAACGGUCUGGUUGGUAUCGCCUGUGGUCGCGUUAAUCCACGAUUUUGCAAUCACGGAGAAUUGGGUGAUCUUCCCCAUCAUCCCACAAACAUGUGACAUCGAAAGGCUCAAGGCCGGCGGGGAACACUGGCAAUGGAAUCCCCAUAUCCCUUUCUACCUCGGAGUUCUCCCACGACAUGGAGCCAAAGGAUCCGAUAUAAAGUGGUUCCGAGCUCCCAAUGCAUUCCCAGGGCACACUUUCAACGCCUUUGAGAAACAUGGCAAACUCGUUCUCGACCUCCCCGUCAGCGACAAGAAUGUCUUCUUUUGGUGGCCCGACGGAGAAGGCAACGCGCCCGCCCCCCACGAAAUCACCGCUUAUCUGUACCGCUUCACGAUUGACCCGAACUCCUCAAACCUUGACCUUCCGAACCCGGAAAUGAUCUUGGAGGAGGAUUGCGAAUUUCCUCGCAUCGACGACCGCUUCCUCAUGACCGAGCAUCAACGUUGCUUCUUCAAUGUUUUGGACAAGUCCCUCCCAACGGACUGGCAGUCCAUCAUCCCCAUCAUGGGGGGCGGGUUUCCGCCGUACAACGCGCUCGCACAUCUCAAUUUGACCACGAGGAAACUUGAAAAAUAUUUUCCGGGACCUAAACAUUUUGUUCAAGAACCGAUCUUUGUUCCUCGAGCGGAGGGUUGUGAGGAGGGCGAUGGCUUCGUGAUGGCUCUCGUAAAUAAUUACGAAUCAAUGUGCUCGGAGCUGCAUAUCCUGGAUACUGCGGACUUUGAGAAGGCGCAGGCCGUUGUAUAUUUGCCGGUGAGAUUGAGGGCCGGGUUGCAUGGGAACUGGGUGGAUAGACAAGAGUUGGCUCUUAUGUCUCCAUGA